CCCGUCUGUAUUUAAAUGCUGUCCCCAGGUUACGACUAUCGCUAUGUCUGCGUGGAGUUUUCACUCUUGGAAGAGGCCAUCGGAUGCAUGGAAGCCAACCAGGGAACUCUUUCGAUUGGUGGUGAAGAAGUGACCCUUGAGUACACCCUAUGCCCAGAGUUUUGGCGCUGCAAACGUUGCAAAGUGUGUAAUGUGGGCUACAGAUCUUCCUGCUCCUAUUGCAAACUCCCAAGAGAUGGGAACAGAGCAGGCUCAGAGUCCAGAGGUGGUCCGGAGGGAGAAGAUGCAUCAUCUGAGCAAGAAUUCACAGAGACAAAGCUUGAAAAACCUGAGCAAGAGUUACCAGUACAACCAGGAUCUCCAAAGCAGCCUCUCCAGGCCUCAGAUCCUGCUCCACAGCAGGAGUGCCAGCCUGAAGAACAGGAGCCAAAGAAAAAAGAUGAAGGGAGAGAACGGCGUCCCUCACAGGAAAAGAGAAGGGAGAUGGACAGGCACCAGGAGCUGCCUUCGCAGAGGGAAGGAGAGGAAGCCACACCACAGGAAGGUGGAGGAAGCAGAACAAUCAUGCUGAAGCGUAUUACUCGGUUCACCCCACCAGAAGUGAUUGUGGGGCUGCUGGCUCCGUAUGUGCGUAUCUCCACAUCCAACGUGCGCAUCAUGAAGAACAAGGCUGGCCGGAUGGGGCAGACCUAUGGCUUCAUUGAACUGGAUUCACAUGCUGAAGCACUGAGGUUGCUAAAGAUACUGCAGAAUCUGGAUCCCCCUAUCUGCAUUGAUGGACGUACAUUGGAAGUGAAUCUUGCUACAGGGAGGAGAAGGAAUGACUACGGGGAGCAUGGAGACAACUCCUACUAUAGCCAGGGCAGGAGGGGCAUGAGAGACAGGAGGGGUGGCGAAUCACAGAGACGCACCAGAGCACAGUCUCCAUCAGAUGUGUCCACGUACAUUUAUGAUCCUGAAACUGGGAAUUACUAUGAUCCCAUAGCUGGAACAUACUAUGACCCCAGGACUCAGAGAGAAGUCACAAUAGACCGAGAACCGUGCUCAUCACCUCCAGAGAACAGAAGGAGGCGACAUGGAAGCCAAGAACGGACAAGUGAAAGGAAGGAGCCACAUAGCAGGGACAACAGGGACAAAAAGGAGAAAGGGAAAAAUACUUCUGCCAAGAAUGAGCCUGGGGAAGAGAGGUUCUUCACGGAAGAUGUGUUCAAAAAGCCAUUACCACCCUCUGUGAAAAAGGGCGAAACUGCAGGCCUGAAUGACUCUGGAGAGGAGAAGUUCUUUGCAGAAGAUGUCUUUAAAAAACCAUUACCUCCCUCUGUGAAAAAGGACGAGAGUGCAGCCCGGCCCAAGGUGGUGAACCCUCUGAUAGGUCUUCUGGGAGAAUAUGGUGGAGACAGUGACAAUGAAGAGGAGGAGGAAGAGGAGGAGCAGGUGCAGUGGCUGCCAUCUCCUCACCCACCAGCACAGCGCGAGGAGCAGCCGAGAAGGGCCAAGGCCAGCGAUGACAAGCUGACUGACUGGAACAAGCUGGCCUGCUUGCUGUGCAGGAGGCAGUUUCCCAACAAGGAAGUGCUCAUCAAGCACCAGCAGCUCUCCAACCUGCACAAGCAAAACCUGGAGAUACAUAUGAAGAUCAAACAAUCUGAGCAGGAACUGGCGUAUUUGGAGAAGAGAGAACGUGAGGGGAGAUAUAAAGACAAAGGAAAUGACCGGAGAGAGAAAUUCCAGCAGAUGGAUUCACCAGAGAGGAAACGAUUCAGAUACGAUCGGGGCCCAGAGAGUGACUAUGACCCAAGGAUUGACAGUAACAACAAAGGAAACCGAAUGUUGCAGCCCGCAGGGUGGAAAAAAGGCUUCGGUUACAACCAGCAGGGUACAACAUCACCAAUGGAGGCGGAAAAUCGGAAGAGGGGACCUGGCCUGGGGGCCCAGGGGAGGCCCAACAGGAGGCAGUCCAAUGAGACGUACCGUGAUGCUGUCAGGAGAGUGAUGUUUGCCCGCUAUAAGGAACUUGAGUAAACGGUGGACAAAACCCCAAGCCCGUCUCCCAUCUCUGUCUCUUUCUCUGUGUAAUGUUCUCUCGGGGUUGGUUUUUUGGUUUUUUUUUUCUUUUUGUUGUUCGUUUGUUUUUGAAUUGUUACAGGUUUUGCUGCUAGAUUUUUUUUAAUAAAACUGAAAAUUUGUCAGU